AUGGCUCCGACUCAGUUUGUCUCUGCGUAUAAGCAAUUGCAGCAGGCGUUCAGCGCGCGUCCCUCUGAUCCCAAGAAAUGCGCCUCGCUCCUCGCCUCACUCAAGAUAGCCUUGAGUGAGCUGGGUCUUUUGGUCCCGAUGGGCGAAGCCAGCCUCGAAGACAUGGUCAUGGCCCGUGAUGUACUCGAGAUUGGCGCGUUCUUCAGCAUACGGUCGAGAGACAUCCCUUCCUUCGACCGCUACUAUUCGCAGCUCCAGACAUACUACAACGACUACAAGUGCGUACCAUACACCGUCCUCCCCCCAUCACCGCGCGAAUACCCCAUCCGCGGCCUCUACCUCAUCCGCCUCCUCACGCAGAAUCGCAUAGCCGACUUCCACACCACCCUCGAGUCGCUUCCUCUCGCCGCAGACUCCCUGACCGCGAACCCCUACAUCCAACAUCCUGUCAACCUCGAGCGCUGGCUGAUGGAGGGCAGCUACAGCAAGGUGUGGAAGGCACGCGAGGAGGCACCCGCGGAAGAGUACAGGUUCUUCGUGGACAGUCUUAUGGAAACGAUCAGGAACGAGAUUGCAAGUUGCGAGGAGGCGGCGUACGAGAGUCUACCGCUCAAGGAUGCAGGGACACUGUUGUUCUUCACCAGUCAGAGCGAGCUGUUGAGCUUCGCUAAACAACGUGGAUGGCAGGUCAACCUCACAGCGGGGACAAUCACAUUCGCAAAGAAAGGCGAAGAGAAGAUCGAGAUCCCGAAGGAGAAGCUGAUUGCAGCGAAUCUAGCACUUGCGCGAGAGUUGGAGCAGAUUGUAUGA